CUUACCCGGGACGUUUUCUUUUUAACGAGGAGAAAGUCCCUCCGUUCCUACUUUUCCAAUUCAUGCCUACCGCUCAAAUCGGAUCCUUCAAUCUCCUCACCUGCCCCUCCUCGUCUCCCUCAGCCAUCCUUACAGUACGCUAUUGCUCUUAACCCGAUAGCCGAGUCCUGGUUAGCGGGGCGCUCUCUCCGACAACAUCCGACCUUCAACCUGGUUUAGCUGGCAUCCUAUCGUCAACCAGACUCUCAGCCAGCGGCUUUACGGACCGUCGAAGUGAUCAAAGACACCAGGGCGAGCCGUCAGAGCGCGAUCGAGCCCUGAAAAGCUCACGAAUCCACGGAUUUGGCGUGCGAUUCGCUUAUCAAGUCGGGGGUUUCCAGCGUUGGGCUGACCGCUCCGCCCCAGAGAGGUACAAGCUGGUGCAUGCUUGCCCAAGACAUUCAGCUCUCGCCCCCCCUUUCAUCCUCCUGACAAAGACUCCGCAAGCAAGAGUCGAGAUGGACACCUUACUCACCGCCGAGAUCGCGGCCAACGCGCCCCGGUACCGCCGCAAGAGCUCCACGUUCAUUGAUGGUAUUCACGACAUCCCCGAGGACCAGGAUAUGGCCCCCGCCCAGCUCUACAGCACCAUGUCUGGUCGACUGUUCCACUCAGGUCGGAUAGCCAUCGUUAUGGUCGGGCCACCAGCACGCGGCAAGACUCACAUUUGCGUGUCGCUCGCCAGGUACCUGCAGUGGCUCGGUGUCAAGACGCGCAUCUUUCACCUGGGCGACUACCGCCGCGCCACCAUCGGCCCCGGGGGCUCGGUGCCUGACGACUACUUCUUCCCAAAUGCCUCGCCAUCUUCCGUCAUCUUGCGGCAGAAGAUACUGAAGAAGUGUCGUGAAGACAUCUAUGCUUGGUUGAACCAUGAGAAUGGCCAAGUCGCUAUCUACGACGCGGUGAACCCCACCGCGAGUGGCCGACGCUCGCUCGCAAAGGAGCUGGCAAAGCAUGAUGUCCAGACCUUGUUCAUUGAGUCGUACGUGGACGACGAACGGAUUCUUGUCGAGAAUGCGAGAAACGUCAAGAUUUCAUCUCCAGACUUUGCUGGAAUGGACCCCGAUGAAGCGGCUCAGCUCUAUCUCAAGCGAAUAGAAAUGCGCAUUCCGAUGUUCGAGUCUAUGAACGAAGGCGAACUCAACUACAUCAAGAUGAUCAAUGCCGGUGCCAAAUUCUUUUACAACAACGUUAGCUUCAACUACUUGUCUCAUCGCAUCGUCUUUUAUCUCACCAACCUGCACAUCAAGUCGCGCACCACGUUCUUCGUUCGCGCGGGGACUACCGAGGAGGAGGACUCUUACAAAGCGGAUGCGCCGCUUUCGGAACUGGGCCGCCUCUACUCCCAGAAGAUGUCUGAGACGCUCCUGAGGCAUCGCGAACAGGAGCAGGCCGAGCGCAUUGAGAAGGGAGGUGUCCCAACACCGCUACGGCCAUUGACCGUCUGGACAUCGACGCGGAUGAGAACCGUCCAAACAUCCGAUUACUUGAAAGAGAAGGGAUUCAAGGUCCGUCAACGGUCACAGAUGAGCCAGAUCAACCCUGGCAUUUGCGAAAAGAUGUCAGAGCGUGUUAUUCGGCAAUUAUAUCCAGAAGAGGUGGAGAAGCAUGAGAUGGACCCCUACCACCACCGGUAUCCCCGUGCAGAGUCUUACCAUGAUCUUGCCGUGCGCCUCGAGCCCAUCAUCUUGGAGCUGGAGCGCGAGCAGAACGACCUCCUCAUCAUCGCCCACGAGUCAGUGCUGCGCGUCUUGUACGCGUAUUUGAUGCAUUGUUCCACCAUGGAAAUUCCCGCUCUCAAGUUCCCUCGGGACGAGAUCAUUGAAAUCAUCCCCGCGGCAUAUCAGAAUGAGGCGAAGCGUAUCCACAUCCCUGGCCUUGAUCCAUCCAUGGUGCCCGACAUUCCCGAUGAUGAGAAGAGCCCGGUACCCGGGGGCAGCCUCCCGGCGAGCGGACUGGUCAGCGGGCAUGGGAGCGUCCCCGGUAGCGGUCAGAUGAGUCCCAUCACUGGCGGGAUGAGUAGCCCUGCGGUCGCCCUGGAGCGGCCUCCGGAGAAGGUGAUCAACACGGCAAAGGACAUGGUGGCGGACAAGGUGGAUGACGAGGAUUAAGUAAUGAUGCACAAUGGACCUGUUUUACAAGCUGGCAAGGUGUAGGGGUAGGGGCUGGUGUAACCAAUAUGCAGUUAUGAGAGUGCUUUCCAGUCCGGUCUGGGCUGCAGCACGCAAGGACGGCUAUGAAGAAGUCGCCACGGCACAUGAUGUACUGUCUCGGGAUGCAGCCCUUUCCAUAUAAGGAGGGCUGGCGACAGCAGCACGCCAAGUACUAGGGGUCUCUUGCUCCGGCAAUCUGUGCGUCUCGAUGCGUCGUCGAGUACAGUUGGGGCCCGUCCCCCUUCUUCGUCAUGCGACGUGGCGCGCGCGCUGCGCCAUCCAUGUGCGUGCCCGCUCGUCUGACAUACAUGAACUCACGAAACGGCACACACAUUUCGCACCGCGCGGCAUGAAGGUACUGUGACGUGUGGUGACACGCACACACCGGCGCUCUGGAAACGACAAAUGCCGCCGCCACUUGUUGCCUUUGGGAUGGACAAGGGGGGAAAGGGGGGAGCUCCGUUUCUUCCUCGGGAGGGACAACAAUGACGACGACGACGGUAUGUGAACCCACCUUAGGGGGAAGGGCACGAUAUAGAGGUAGAAGGAGAAGUAUAGAACAUUGGUGGCCAGCCGCUGUGGGACGGCCGUCGGGAUGAGCUAGCUUUGCGGAGGACAGACCAGCCGGUCCAACCAGUUAGCCAGUCAGCGAGCCAUUGGCGCCAUGGCCAUGACCACGACUGCUAUUCACGGCCGGCCAUUUGUCAAGGAGGAGGAGGAGGAGGAGGAGCAGGAGGGCCUGUCCACGCAGCGGCAGGCAGGUAGGUUGCUUGGUAGGUAGUUAGGGCAGAGACGAG